UCUACACUACAUAUUUUGUUCUCCACUUGCUGCAUCUCAGUUCUUGGACUUCGUGUUUCUCUCUUGGUACAGGUUGUACACAAGCAAACAGAUAAAAGAGAUAAAAUAAUGUAGGUAUAUUGCAAAUCAAACUGAGAGAUAUAAAAGGAUAAUCCAAAGACAGUCUCCAAAGAAAAUACAUAUAUAUGCUGACUUUGUACGUGACAGAGUGAACAAUGCUGGCCAAAUUAUUGUUAAUCUGUGCCACACUAACACUGAAAGCUGUAUACUCUACGGAGACACACAAGGUCCGUAUAGAACAAGGUGAACUUGAGGGUGCUACCUUAACAUCAAGAAAUGGGCGUACAUUUGUUGCCUUCCAAGGAAUACCGUACGCAGAACCUCCAGUUGGAAGCCUCAGGUUCAAGGACCCUGUACCACCAAAACCAUGGAGAGGCAUUUGGAAUGCCAGUCUACCAGGCAGCAUGUGCCUGCAGUACAACAAAUUAACCCCUUUUGCAGAUGAUCAAGAUCCAAUUGUUGGUGAAGAAGACUGUCUUUUUAUCAAUGUCUAUACCCCGAAGGUACCAAAAGAUAAAUUCACACAUGUGUUGGAUGUGAUAGUUUUCAUACAUGGUGGAGCGUUCAUGUAUGGCUGGAGCCAUGAGUAUAAGCCACACCUUAUCCUAGACAGAGAUGCUGUGUUCGUUACUUUCAAUUACAGACUUGGACCUCUUGGAUUCCUGAGCACUGAGGAUGAAACAGUUCCCGGAAACAUGGGACUAAAGGACCAAGCUGCAGCAUUACGUUGGAUAAGGAAGAAUAUUGCGGCAUUUGGUGGAAAUCCACAGAGUGUGACCAUAACUGGAAAUUCUGCUGGGGGAGCCAGUGUACAUUACCAUUACAUAUCACCUCAAUCUCGUGGUCUUUUUGAAAGAGGAUAUUCACAAAGUGGAACUACUUUGUGUCCAUGGACACAAAUGGAACAAGGCAGAGCCAAGGCCAAAAUGUUGGGAGAAGCUCUGGGAUGUAACACAAAAUGCAGUGAACAACUUGUGGACUGCUUGCGUAAUCGACCAGCAAGACAGAUUGUACAGCAAGUGAAAAAUUUUCAGAUCUGGAGGUACAAUCCAUUUUCACCAUUUGGCCCUACUGUGGAAGUGGCUGGUUCUAACCCGUUCCUAUCGAAGACCCCAGUUGAUGCCAUAUUGCAAGGAGAUGUUCAAGACCUUCCUUGGAUCACUAGUGUAACCACAGAGGAUGGACUCUACCCUGCAGCAGACUGGAUUGCCAAUGAGAAUGUGAUGAAAGUUCUUGAGCAGAGGUUUGCUGAACUCUUCCCUCACAUCCUAGACUACAAUUAUACUGUUGCUGAGGAUAAGAAGCUGGAUGUUACUAACAGAAUACUUCAACACUAUCUUCAGGGAAAACCACUGUCAAUAAAGGCCAGAAAGGAGAUCACACGGAUAACUACGGACAGACUGUUUGUGCUGGAGGCAGUACGGGCAGCCAAACUUCAAGCUGCUGUCAACUCUGCUCCUGUCUACUUCUACCAGUUUGGCUACAGGGGAACGCACAGUGUAACUGAAAAGUUUUCAGGAACUACAACCAAUUUAGGUGUAUGCCAUGUUGAUGAUCUUGUUUAUGUAAUUGACUAUGCUAAAGGUGACCAUGUCGAAUCCCAGGAAGACAAAAAUAUAUCACAAUUACUACUCGACAUCUGGACAAGUUAUGCACAUAAUGGCAAACCUGUUCCACCCAACAGGAGCUUCAUCUGGGAACCAACAACUCCUAACGACAAAGAACUUGAAUACUUAUACAUAGGUAAUCCGAACAAACUAGAAAUGCGAUCAAGUAACAAUCUUGGCGAACAAGACUUCUGGGAUUCUCUGCCAAUCAAUGAACCACAAAUUGGCAAGAACACACCACUAAGGAAAAAACAUACUGAGUUUUAAAGCCAAACAUUACAUUAUUACUUUUAAUGACCAAAACAUUUCUCAUACGGCAGGAAACGUAAACACUGAUUCAAUGUUACACUUUUAAUGCCUUGAUAUGUUGAUGUGCUAUUAUUUUACCUUAGUUACUAUUUUUAGGUAUACAGUCCUACCCCAACCUAAGACUUCUGACUUACAAUCCCAUUAAAUUAUCACUCUUUAGACUUAUGCUCUGAAUUUUUGGACUCACAAUUCAGAAAUUGAAGUCUGGAGCUGAAAUUGUAGCUUGUAACAAUUCAUGCUGUAAUGCUCUGGGGUCUCUAAUCACAACUCUUAAUAAUCCAUUGUAAAAUAUUAAGACAGAGAUCUUAAUUUACAUAUUUUACAUAUUUGAUGUCCUCUCAUUGACUUUAUAAUAAAAAUGACUCAAUUACAAUGCAAAACAGAUCAGAAUAUUGAAAAGCCUUAGGUUCCAGGAAUGUAGUGUUGUAUAUCCCAUGUUAUAAUGAACUCAAGUUACCAUUUUUGACUUACAAUUCAUUUUCAGGAAUGCAUUAUGUCCUAAGUCUGAGGUAUAACUGUAUACAAAAAAAAAUUACUCUUUUAACUGAAAUGUACUGGCAUAUAUGUAUGUAUGUAUUUAUGUAUAGUGACUGCUGUAAAACCAACCUUAUCAAAAGAAAACACUGAAGGUGGUCCUCCAAGGACAGAAACAUUUAUGAUUAUAUAUACAUGUGAAUGAUUACACAGAGGGCCCACUGCCAUUUCCUUUCACUCUUCUUCCAUUCAAUAAGACUACUAGUUAUUCACCCUCUUUUAACAGAAUAUCACACCACACACCACACAUUAAAUUUUGGUUCAACUUUGUGGUUCCGUCUGUAGCUCUAUUAAAGUGUGUACACAUUUUUUGAGCCCCUCUGUAUUUACUGACUGGAUUUGUUGGAUGAAGUGUCACUGUAUAAUUUAAACAACAUUGUAUGAAGGGGCUUAAUAUACUUUAACCAUUUUUAUUGGCAUCUCCAAUGAGCAGGUUCGCUCAAGCA